AUGGCGCUCCGGCUGCGGGAGCACGUCGAGCACUUGCUCUCCAAGCUGGCACUGGCCAAGGAGAGCAAGCGCCAAAGAGCUCGAUCCAAGCAGGAGGCACCGUCGUCGGCGCCAUCAUCGGCACCGUCGUCGUCGUCGCGGCGUCGCGGCAAGCACCGUCAGAAGCGCAAGCGCAAGCGCAAGCACCGCGCUUUGUCACGUGGCGAGGACUUGCACGCGCUCAUCGGCUCGCUCGAGUCGGCGAUGGUGCGCGGGGCGGCAGCGCAGACCGAGGCUUUGGAGGCCUCGAUCCGCGCAGAGCACUCGCGCAAUGUUGCGGCCCUGCUGUCAGCCACCCCCCCUCGCCUUUAG